AGCGAAAACAAAGAUGGCGGCCGCGCCGGGGUUGGUGGCCGGGGCGGCUGCGGGCCGACGGGCGGGCCAGGCCCACUGAGGCAGCUGCACGGUGGGCAGGCUGCGGGGUCGCCGCGGCAGUGAGAAGCCGGCAAGGGCGCGCGGCGACCCUAACUUCCAGCCGGCGAGCGCGCCGGCACCCGCCCGCCGGGCCGGCCGGCCGUGAUGUCCGGCGCCGAGGAGGCCGGCGGGGGUGGCCCGGCUGCAGGGCCCGCGGGUGCCGUGCCGGCCGGGGUCGGGGUAGGGGCCGGGCCUGGGGCUGCCGCGGGGCCGGCUGCGGCGGCUCUGGGCGAGGCGGCGGGGCCCGGGAUCCCGGACGAGGCGGCCCUGGCCGGCGCUCGGCAGCUGCAAGAGGCGGCCGGCGACCCCGACGCGCCGCCCAAGAAGCGGCUGCGGGCGGCCGAGGCAGCCGAGGCGGCGGCGGCGGCAGUGGCAGCGGGCAGUGGAAAGCUGGAGGAGCGUCUCUACUCGGUGCUGUGCUGCACCGUGUGCCUGGACCUGCCCAAGGCUUCCGUGUACCAGGUAGGGCCGCCGGCCCGGCCCGGCGCCGCGUUGCCUGGAGGCCUGUGGCCGGUGGCCGGGAAUCCUUCCUAUCCAAACAUCCACCUUCCAGGUCUACGAAACCCCGCUCCUGUCUCUCGAGGCUCCUUAUCCUUUCUUGCUCUGAAUCUCAUUUUCUGUGUUCGAUGGUACCCUUUACUCCCCAGUCUGAAUUUCCAUUCUCCUCCGUAGAUCUCUUCACCUUCUGGUUCCUCCAGGGUGCCUCCUUGAUAGAUUCCACAUUCUUUUCAGCUGACCAUGUAGAGAUCUGUGAACAGGUACCCACCCUUUUCUACUGCUCAUCAAUACUGUCCCUCACUUCUAGACCCCUGGGUGAAGAAACUUCUUUCCUGGAGACAGGGCUCCAAUUCUGGCAGCCACACCCCCAAAAGUGUCCUUCCAUAUCUGAACAACUAAGUAAAUCUUCUUUUGUGCCCUGGGGAGUCAGUCCUGUGUCCUUCUGAAGACCUGGAAGAAAGGAGGGCCUCUCAUCCCUUCUCAGUUCUGAUCUGGAGGAAGCAAUCCGCAACAAACUUUACUGUCAGGGUACUUUCUCCUGCCCCAGCCUAGCCAGUAUUUCUAUUCGGGGCCACCUCACCCAUACCAAGCUGGCUUCCAAGGUUGCCAGUAUCCAGGAACUUUGUCCUGCCUUCCCACUUGAAGACCCAGCAUGCCAGUCAGUCUCAGAGUCCUGGUCUGUGUGGGUCUAACAUGUCCUCUUCCAGGUAAAAGAGAGCAGACCUCUGGUUCAGUGGGAAAUGUCUGUCCACCUUCCCCUGGUCUUUCUGCCUCAGUUCCCAGCCUCUUUGAAAAACAGAGCAGAGUCUCUUGUCAGCUUUCUUUGUACUUUCAGGAGCUAAAAGUGGCUGGUGGGGCCUGUUUCCCUGCUUUUCUUUACACAGAAGACCUGGCUGAGGGCCAGUAGAGGUCUAGUCUGUGUAGCCGUUUCCCUCUCCUUUGGAUCUCCGUGUUCUUUCUGCCUUGGCUUGUGGUUUUGAGGUGGUGUGGGGUGAUCCUGAUGACCUGGAUGGGGCAGUCACCCUCCUAGGUGUUAGGCCGGGCGAACUGGAGACAAGUUUCCCACAGCUGCUGAUUCUAGCACCGGUAUUUACCUCUCAUUUUAGGGGCCAUCAGAACCUGCUCACAGCUAGCCUUUUUCUUGUCUUGGCUUCUCGGCCCUUCUUAGUGGGGGGAGUUCUUCCUUUCCUAGGAUUUCGUGAGAAUCCAGCAAGACAGGCCAAUGGAAGGGGGUCCCAAGGAAUUCAGGGGUUUCCCAGUUGGUCCUGGCAUGAUGGUAGGCCACAUGGCAUUGGCUCCUGGUCUACACAGAGAGCCACAGUUCUGCUUCUGCCCAAAGUGGCUAAUGAGACUAGCUGGUUCAAACCAGUCUACACACUGUGUUAGUUGUUGCUCUGGGUUGGGCAUCUGAAGUCAGGCAGCUGAGGGAUGUACUAGAUGAAGUGAGUGGAGGGGCUGCCUUCCCAGAUCCUGACCCAGGGGGAAGGCUGCCAGGUUCUCUGAGAUGAGCUGUGUGCAUUGACAUUGAUCUCCAAGCCCUGCCACUAGCCUCCUUCGCACCUCCCUUCUGCCAGGGUAGAUACCUAGAUGCUUCCCUGUCCUAAGGACUGGGAGAGUCCUCUAGAAUAUGUCAUUUUGGAAGAGUCUUGGGCAAAUGCUGGAACUUUGACUGUCCACAGAUAGCAUGUAAAAUGGGAGUGCAGCAAGAAGAAUAAGGAAGGGAACGUCCUGGUGUCUAGGAAUGCUGCCAGAAACACUUCAUGGCAGUCUCCUUACAUGUGCCGUACAGCCCUGCCUGGAGGGUCCUGUUGCUGUCUUACUAAGGUACCAGGCAGGCCUCCCCAGGCUUCUUUCCUGGUCUUCUCAGGAUCCGAGCACAGACUAUCCCUGGUAGUGAUCUAGUGUGGGUCAUCACCUCUGCCUGCGCUCAGCUCUUCUAUCUUCUGCUAGCUUUCCUGUCUAUCCCGUGUUGAUGGGCUGUCUCCGUAGUUGCCACCUUCAGCUGUUGCUGGCAACAUUUGCCUGACCUCAGCAGAACACUUAGCUCCAGGUGGCACCAGCCAUGCUGUGCAUUCUGGGGGCUGACUCUUGGCUCUGCUGGGGUGAUAAGAAGUGGGUAACCAUGCUACGUCUGGCACUGGGCUUGGGGGGAAGCUACGGGCUGCUGAGGUUGGCUAGGUGCAUGGUAACUUGAGAGUGUUAUCCAUAUGCCACCUGUGAAGCCAGAGAACCUCUUGGAGGCAGACAAGAACAGAUUCAGCCUGUGUAUGCGGGCUCGUCCACCUGGGCCUGAGACAGCCUUUGGACCUGCAGGGCCAAUUCCCAUGGGCCAUACUCACCCACUGACAUAUCCCAGACUAGGAAAUUUAUUCAGGUUGUCUGACCAAGGCCGUCAACCAAGUAGUUCUUAUCCCUGGGGCCUGUGUCACCUGCUACAACAGGUGCAUGCUUUGAUGUUCUCUGUGUGGGUGUUAGGUAUAUCCUGGGCAACUGGCCCAACAAGGUGUGAAGCCACCUUCCUGAGUCUAGGGAGGACCCUUCUAAAGUCAGGCAGCCACUAUGGCAGGUGCCUGGUAGAUGGCAUGAAGGCCAGAGGCAAACUGACACAAGAACUUCUGGCUAGUCCAGACUGGGCAGAUGGACAGGCGGCUUGUGCUGGCCCCCUGUUCUAGAUGUAUUCAUGAGGCCAGCAGACAAUGUAGCCAGUCAGUAACUGCACAUGGAAGUGACUUCUCUGAGGGAGCCCCAGCCUGUAAUGUUGCAGCUUAAGUCCUGACCUACUUCCCGUAGCUUCCUGCUCCAGUCCUUCACAUACCGCCCAGUGUGGACUUUUGUAAGAUAGACUCAGCCUUGACCCUUUCCUUGGGUGUCAACCAGGCUCAGCCCCUCAGCACUGCAUCUGCUAAAGAUAGUGCUCCUUCCUCUCAGCCUUCACAAGCCUCUGAGGUCAGGGAUCAGUUAAAUGGGCCUCUGCCACAGAAUACGGUGGUCUGGCUAUGUAGCUAGUGUGGGCUCGUGAUUUCUGUGGCCAGGGCCCUCUGUCACUGUUCCACUGUUGCUCCUACUUGUUUCCCUUCUGAGCCACCCUCUCCACAUCUCUACCCGCCUCCGUGCUUCCUAUUGGGCCUGACUGUAACAAGACCCCAUCUUGAGGCCUUCUAUUCUCCCUUCUGCAAGGACUCCAGUCCUUUCCCUCCCUGGCCACAGGCUGGUUGGCGUGUUCUGCUGUUGUCUUUGCCUCUGAAUGCCAGAGAAGACUAUCUGGCCGACAGAAAGUCCAGAAAACACUUGUUCCAUCUCUGCCCAGGCCCCCUUCUGAGGUUAUUUAUUGUCCAGGGCCUGGGAUGCCCUGGCACUGCUGCUGUUGCUUCUUGGCUCCUCCUCUUCUUCUCCUCCUCUUCCUCCUCCUCCUCAUUUGUUUUUAUGUAUGUGACUGUUUUGCCCACUUGCAUGCAUGUGCACCGUGUAUGUGCCUGUCGCCUUCAGACAUCAGAACAAGGCUUUAAAUCCCCUGAAGCAGGAGUUGUGGCUGGCUGUGAGCUACAGCAGGUGUUAUUAACUGCUGAGCUAACUCUCCAGCCCCUCAUUUCCAUAGGUCAGGAAAGAGUCUGGAAAAAGGAUCGCUUAGGUGUCCAAAGGACUGUAGGCUUCCUAGAGUCUAGGAUUUUGUUUUGGUUUUUGGUGUGUGUGUGUGUGUGUGCAUAUUGGUAGUGUGUUAUUUUGAAUUGCUGUUUAACUCUAAGCAGUGUUCAUUUCUGAGUAAAAGCCACCUUCUAGGGGAUAGUUGGGCCCUGUCUGAAUCCUGCAUGUGGCCAGUCUGGAACUUCAGAUCCAGCCUGAGUGGAAGGUUCUUGUCCUUGCUUCCCCCAUAUUAGAUUUGUACCCAUGGACAAGGAGCCAGUUCUGCUCAGGUCCAUGCUUGACUGUGGAGGCUCAAGAAGUGGUUAACUCUCAAGAUGCCACUAUGCCUGAUAGAGCCAUAACUGCAUCUAAGACACCAUGGGAAACUAGAAAAAAACAGCCUCCAGGUGGCUGAGCAGCACCUUGCUAUUAGUGCAUUUGGGUACCAGUGGCUCUGUCAAGAGUCUGUGAGUCUGGUACCCUGAGCAGGAGGGCAGGAUGUUCAUAUCGGUCUGGGUACCAUCCAUACUCUAUUUUGGGCCCCCAAUGUUUGCAAGGACCAUAUGUUCUAGGUUUGAAAGAUUCUAACUGGCCACAGGGGACUUGCGAUCAACUGUAAGUUGAGGAAGACCCAUUUCUAAGACCUGUUUGUGGCUCAGGGGCAGGGCUUCUUCUUAACCAUAGCUAUUCCAUCUAGCUCUUUUCACCCGAAUGAGAAUCCAGCUCAAAUAGAACACUCCUGCCCUGGACAUGCAUAGGCUUAGGAUGUGAACUGCCGACAGGCUGGAAGAUGGAAGAACUGGAUCCUAGCCUGUGGGGACUACUUAGAGGAGCCCAGGACCUCAGCCCCCUGGGGAUGGAGCCCUAGAAGCUCUGACAUGGGUGACUGCUGGGUGGCGUUUGUACCGAGGCUGCUGCAGUCUGAAUGUGAGGCUUCUCUGCAACACAUUGCCUCUCCUGUGGUAUCCUGUGCCCAGCAAGAAACCAAAACCUGCAGAGAGAAGAUGAUAAGUCCAAGAUGAUGCUGGUGGUGGUGUGUGGCUGAGGGAUGAACUCAGUCCUGUGAGCUCCAAGUCAGUAUCUGUGAUAAGAGGGCCUGGAAAGACCUGCAGCGUCAUCUUGGAUAGAAGUCUAGAAUUUACCUGGUUGAUGGUGGGAUGGUAGCCUGGCCUGGCCAUUGCAGGAGCACUUUCUGGAGGUGCCUAGGCACUGUAGCAGACACUGUGGAACCAUCUGUGCCCAAGCUUUGGAAUAGACAGUGGGCUAUAUAAGUUAGGGAUAGGCACAGGCUGCCCAGCUAAGGCUAACUGUGGCUGCCCAGCUAAGGCUAACUGUGGCUGUCCUGCACUUAUAUUUGAAGUCUUGCUCAGGAAGUUAUGAGAGGGUUCCGGGUUAAGUGCAUUGUUUAUAGAGAGCUUACCUAGAGACCAUAUCCUGAGUGGCUGCUAAGUGGCUCUAAGUGGGUGUGUCUUGGUCCUCGGGUAGGCCAGUACACUACAGAACAUCCUGGGGCUUGUUCUGCCACUCAGGGCUGUGGCACCCCACUUUCCCUAGACCUUGCAGACUUCUGCAGAGGCCACAGGGACCUAGAAGAAAGCACUAUUGCCAUGUGGUGUGGAAUUGAUUGGAGUCUGCAGUUCCCAUGAGAAUGGUCUCUGUGGCCAGAGCCAGCACAGGCUUAGGUGGCUUUCAGGGUAGGGAGUAGGAGUGGUACUGAGAAUUAGUGAUAAGAUUGGCACCCUCAGCUCCCACUAGGAGGGCCCAGGACUCCUUUCCAAGUCUGCCUGGGCUGAUAUUAGAAGCAGGUAUCCUCAGCCUGGCUUAGAAACCUUGAGAGGAUCAGGCUACAGCAAAGGAAAAUACUGCCCCUUCUACUCAGACUGGUGAAUCCUGAAAGUGACCGCAGACCUGAGCCCCAAGCAUCAUCUAAGCUUGCGUAAGGUAGCCUGCUCCCAGAAAGCGACUAAAGCUUGUAAGGCUCGUGGGGCUGUGGCUUCCUGGGAAUCUCAGGGCUGCUAUCUUGCUAAGUGAACUUCCUUUGUUUUUCCUUAAGACAGGGGUCCCACCAUGUAGCCCAGGCUGGCCCAGAAAUAACUUCAUAUUCCAAACUGUCCUCAAACAGUCCUGCCUCUGCUUUUGCCUCUGCCUCUGCCUCCUGUGUUCUGAGAUUAUACUACGCCCAGUUCUGGAUGGGGUUCUUGAAGGAUGCUGUGUCACACUUCUAGGGGGGGACCCUGAGAGUGCCUCUCUGAAACACAUGAACAUUUCCUUGUGUUGUAUUCCCUCCUGCCUUCCAGAAGGAAUAAUAGUCACUGUCCUGGGAAGUCCUCAGGAGGAUGGGGGAUAAAAGAUUUGAUCAGCCCCUGCUACAUCUACACCCAGCUCCAGCCCUGUCUGUUGACUUCUAGAGAUGGACUCAGCAGAUUGUUUUUUACUUUUUCAACCAAACCUAGGUUUGGUUGUAGCUAAUCAUUUGGUGUCUCCCUGGGCCUGGGUUCCUCACCAGGCUUCUUCUCUGUCAGCCUUCAGCAUGUGGAUUCCAUCAUUCACCAAAGACUCAGAGGACCUGCUGAAGCAGUAAGGUGGCAGCUAAGGUUUACUAAGCAAGGCAGUGAUGCAGAUGUAGCCUCCUGGCAUGGCCAGGUAGUGGCUGCACGUGGCUCUUUCCCUAAUGCACACUGUACAGAUUACCCUGUACUGACAUACUGGUCUCUCCUUUAACACCGUGUGGGAGCCCACCCUGGUAUAGCGUUCUCAGUCCAUCCUGUAUCUGUGGCACCAAAUGGUACUCAGUAUACAUUGAGUCAGUAGGAGACCCAGGACAAGAGUAAUUCUAAGUCUGUGUGUAUAUAAGCAGGGACAGGCUAGCAGUCUGCUCCUGGUGAUCCCAUUUAUAUCAACCCAGUUCAGUACCAAGUCUUACCUGGGCCAGUGUAGCCUCCUCCCUGCCAUAGGCUCUGUAACAUUGAUGCUGGGGCAACCUCAGUAGGUAGUUGCCUUCUCUGAUUGCAGCUACUGGUUCUUUCUUGUAUCGGCAAGGGCUAGAUGGAGGGAUCAGGGCAGAUCUCAGCUGGAACCCCUUCUAGUCCCCACAUGAAUAGCCUUUUGAAAGCCAAGAAAAAAAUGCCUACUUCAUCAGUAACCAUGAUCCCAUAAACAGCUGCUGGCUGGGUGCCUCUAUCAUGUCAAGCCAAGAGCCUGUUAGUCUUCUCUGAUAGGUGAAAAAGCCAGGUUCCAAGCCCAGAUGUGGUCAGGUCAGUUGCCAGACAGGCCUGCUUUAGAUGUACCCAGGGCCCCAUGACCUGAUAAGACCCCGCUCUUCACAACACCAGAGCUAGCAUGACAUCUGAAGCAGCUCUCAGUGUAUGCUGGAUACCAGCAAGGCUUGGGAACCAUCAGGUACUCCUCACCUAGCAUCCCUCUGGACAACUGGUCUGGCUGGAGCCAUCACGAGUGGGAGGGCACAUGUGCGUGCAAGCAUCCCACAGGUCUGUGAGCUUCACCUCCCUUUCCUUCUUCGCAGUGUACUAACGGUCACUUGAUGUGCGCUGGCUGUUUUAUCCACCUACUAGCAGAUGCCCGGCUGAAGGAGGAGCAGGCCACAUGUCCCAACUGUCGUUGUGAGAUCAGUAAGAGCCUCUGCUGCCGGAACCUGGCUGUGGAGAAAGCUGUGAGCGAGCUGCCUUCAGAGUGUGGCUUCUGUCUGCGUCAGUUCCCUCGCUCCCUCCUAGAGAGGCACCAGAAAGAGGAAUGCCAGGACAGGGUGACACAGUGCAAGUACAAGCGUAUUGGCUGCCCGUGGCAUGGCCCUUUCCAUGAGCUGACAGUGCAUGAAGCUGCGUGUGCUCACCCGACCAAGACAGGCAACGAGCUGAUGGAGAUCCUCGACGAGAUGGACCAGAGCCACCGCAAGGAGAUGCAGCUCUACAACAGCAUCUUCAGCCUGCUCAGCUUUGAGAAGAUCGGCUACACAGAAGUUCAGUUCCGGCCUUACCGCACUGAUGACUUCAUCACACGCCUGUACUAUGAAACACCACGGUUCACAGUACUGAACCAGACAUGGGUCCUGAAGGCUCGUGUGAAUGACUCGGAGCGCAACCCCAACCUGUCGUGCAAGCGCACACUUUCCUUCCAGCUACUCCUCAAGAGCAAGGUCACAGCACCCCUGGAGUGCUCUUUUCUUCUGCUCAAGGGCCCAUACGACGACGUGAGGAUCAGUCCUGUUAUCUACCACUUUGUCUUCACCAAUGAGAGCAAUGAGACAGACUAUGUGCCGCUGCCCAUCAUCGACUCUGUGGAGUGCAACAAGCUGCUGGCCGCCAAGAACAUUAACCUGCGGCUCUUCCUGUUCCAGAUACAGAAGUAAGAUGGACCCGGGCACCUGAGGAGCAGAGGGCUGCAGUCCGGUAGUGCUGUCCCACCCAUCCCUGGCUUGGCAGCAGCUUCACACAACUAUAUGAUCAUUUUAGCAAAGGAGGAGAACAAACAGAAUCAAACACUGAGAAAGUCUGCAUGCGUGUGCAACCGGGUCCCUGCCUCUGGCUCACCUUCCUCCCCUCUGCCUCCCACCUCCUGCAGGCAGCCAGAGGCUGAGCUGAUCACAGUGGAGACAGCACUCUGGGCGCCUCAGGUACAGGUGGUGAGGAGGGCAAGAAGCCACCCUUAUCCCAGCUCCCAUCCUCACAUCGAGGUGGCACGGUGGUUCCCUGGCCGGGCUCAGGGGCCCUGGCUGACUUCAGACAGCAUAUUUGAUUGCAAUUAAAAAGGCAGCCUUGUUUCCUACUUUCUGUUUUGUUGGAGGGGGAAGGUGUGGCCGUGAAUGGACUUCAUGGGAGAUUUGGUUUGGCCUGGUGGUCAGAACCUGCCCCGUCGUCUCUGAUACCGCACCUAUGUGUGCAUCCCAGGAAAGACUUAAGAGACACUGCCCCCCCACCCCCCCCACAGUCUUCUCAGAGGGAUUGGGACUAAGGCCUGGCCAGUGAGCCAGAAAGGGUUGGCCUUCCCCAGCCGCUGACCACUCAGAGGAAGCAGGACUUGGCUGGUAGGGCUAAACAAAUGUUUUCGGAAUGCAGGGUGAAAUUCUGUCUCUUCCAGGAAAAAAAAAAAUCAACUCUACAGGCUCUGUAAGUGAUGCAGGUUUAGUGAGAGAGAAGGAAUCUGUUUGCUUUACUCAGCACAGAGGGCCAGGUGUCCUCAGGGUGCCCAGGAGGCAGCUACUGUCCGAGGCCUGCGUUUAGUGGUGGCGGGGGCACCACAGGACCAAGGCAGAGCAGCACGGUUUAUCAUGUAGGCAAUGUAGGCCUUCCCCUCACUAGCCCAUUCACAGAUGCUCUGAGUGGUGGUUGUAAGCAGGACAAGUAUUAGGGCCUCACGUACUAUGAAGCAGCCGUGCUUGAAUAGGGCUAGGCCCUGGUCCUUUUCCCUUGGAUUCCUCAGAGGGACUGAGAAGGGUAGGACUUGCCUCCUUCAGUCUUUGCUUAGGAGAUGAGGCUCUUCGUCAUAGCUUUUCGUUGCUUUAAUACCAAAGAACUGGUUUCCUCUGCCCUAACCAGACCUUCACACGCCUCAGAGUAGUCCCUACCAACCCGUGCAAACUGCCCCGGCCUGGGCCUGGGCCUGAGCCUGGGUCUGAACUGCCCUGUGCCUUCCAAACCAAGGGACAGGGUAGCCCUGGACAUGUGAGUACAAGUGCUGAUGUCCCACCCUGACCUUCAAGAGGGCAAACGGGCUGACAGAUGAGGAAAGGACAUGGGGUACAGGCCCUGUCUGUUUCCACUUGGGCCCUCCCACCUUCUCAUAGGCUGAACGUUUUCAGCACCUAGUUUGGCUUCCUGCAUGGGGCUUGUGGGAAUUCUCUUCUGCAGAUACGGCUUCUGCCUACUACAAAGGAGCCCAUGCCAGAGUCAGCACAUCCAUGAAUGCAGUGGCCUUCGAUUCCGAUAUGGCUCCUCGAUGUCCUCUGCCCUUAGGGACAGAGGACCUUUGGAAAACAGGCUCCUCUGGGAGUCCCUCUAGAUUCCAAGGUGAUGGUGUAAAAAAGUAGGGCAGGGCUAGCUUGCCCUAAUAACCCAUGUGCGAGCGACCGACUCCUAGAAAGCAGCCUGAAGGUCUCUCAGGAAGAGAAGAUAGAAGGCUUUUUCCCCACGGCAAAGCCAACCGGGACACAGUGGGCAUGAGGAGAAAAGCUGGGCUGGCGGAGGCUCAGAGGCAGCAGAGCUUUGGGUAUUUGUAUGUGGAGCUGAGAGGCAUACCCCAAGGUACAUAGGGUUAGAGGCUGUGCCUGGAUGAGACCCACCGAGGGGGAAGAGUGUGUCAAGGGGUACCUAGGAGACCUGCUAAGCCGUCCCAGCAACAGGGCCCGUGUGGCCCCUACACUAUGACUGACAUGUGCAGCUGUUGAGCCUUCCAGCCUAGGGAACCAAACAUGGAGAAGACUAGUGUUUCUUGGCUAUGCUGGGGACUGGCAUACAAAUCUUUCAGCACUGUCACUGUGGGCCCUUUAUUUAGGGCUGGGGGGCACCAUAUCUACUGGCUUGUGUCCAGGAUCUUGUUACCUUGCUGUUCUAACCUGGUUCUUUGUUGUCUCUGAGGACUGGAGAGGGGUUCGGCCUCAGUAGGUGUUGGGGAGGCUGCCAGAGGGGGCUGCGCGGGCUAAGCCAGGCCUCCCCCUCCUUCCACCUGUCUCAUCCCCACUUCCUGUGAGCACCACAUCCCUCAGUUUGCCCAAAGUGAGACAUUUACAAAACAAUAAAAAUACUUUUCUAAAGAGCAGAGCAAGUGUUUUUAUGGUUGUUGGAAAUGACUUUAUAUGUCAGUUUUUUGUGGUUUGCAUUUUUCUUUGAAUAUUUUCUGUAUGCACAUGUAGUUAAAAAAAAUAUUCCAAACCAUGUUUUGUCUGUGUUUCCUUACCAGAAGACAGCCUCAUGGUGGGGCUCCCUGUGCUCUGUUAGCCUCUCUUGCUGACCAGCCUGUGCCUCAUGCCCCAGGCCUAUAGCCCUGUGAAGCACCCGGAUAGAGAAGCUAGACUAACUCUAAAGGGAAGCUGAUUCCACAGUUUGGUCUCUACAUUUACUGAUUCGUCUCUGACUCACACACAAACCAUGGCAUGCGCGCGCGCACACACAAGCUAAUAAUAAUAAAGUUUUAAAAAACUGCUUGUGAAA